AUGUCUUCUUCCGUUUUCUUCAGAUUCAAGAACCAGAAGGAUGUGCAGAGAGUGACCUUUGAUGGCACUGGCAUCUCCGUUUUUGAGCUCAAGCGAGACAUAAUCAACAUGAGCAGACUCGGCGAUGGCACUGACUUCGACUUCAACAUCUACAACCUCGACACCAAUGAAGAAUACAACGAUGACACUUCCAUUAUUUCCCGCGGAACCACCGUUCUUGCAAGACGUCUUCCUGCUUCUAAGCCCGGCGCCGGCAGAGCCGCACGCUAUGUUUCCGGCAAGAUGCCCGUCAUGGCGAAGAACCAACAUCGCAUCGAAUCCUCGAGACCCGCCGCCGCGACCAGAACGCCCAUGGGCAACGGUGCUCCUCAAGAGAUGAACAUGAAUAUGACAGAAGAAGAGAAAAUCGCGGCCAUGUUUCAAGCUGGAGGCGCCCAAUGGGAGCAGCAACAGCAAGAGAUGGCUAACCAGAAGGCCGUCCAUCGCCCUGGUGGCUUUCAAAAGAUAGCAAACGUUCCCGACAAGCCUCUCCCCCCAGGCUACACUUGCCACCGUUGUGGUGAGAAGGGCCACUGGAUUCAAGCAUGUCCUACCAACAAUGACCCCAACUUCGACGGUCGCCCCAAGUUCAGACGUACCACUGGUAUCCCACGUUCCUUCCUCAAGGUCGUCGAAAAACCUACUGCGCUCUCGAGCGACGGUACCAUCGACGUUUCUCAAUUGCCCGCUGGUGUCAUGUACACGGCUACUGGAGAAUGGGUCGUUGCAAGACCAGAUGAGGCUGCGUGGGAACAGUUCCAAGCUAAGGCCAAAGCAGCCGCCGACAAGGCCGAUGCUGCCGACACAAACAGUCAGGAGCUGAGCGAGAGAGGUUUGGAAUGUCCUAUUGACAAACGCAUGUUCGUUGAUCCAAUGAAAACUCCUUGCUGCGGGAAGACAUAUUGCCGUGAUUGUAUCGAGAACGCUCUUCUUGAAAAUGACUUUGUCUGCCCUGGUUGUUCCUCAGACAACACAUUAGUUGACAAUCUCGUCCCUGAUGAGGAAGCUGUAAACAAGAUCAAGGUCUACGAAGAGGACAGAGCCAAGACGAAGCUGGAGAAGGAAAAGGAGAAGUCCGCUACCCCACCACCGACUGAGCAGCAGUCUACCAACGAAGCUGCUGCAAUCGACAGAAAGUCAAACUCGCCAAAGCCAGCAUCAGUAGACGGAGAAAAGUCCGCUGCCUCGACUCCACAAAUUGCCGCGGCCGCCGAGUCAAAGAAGCGACCCGCCGAAGACGAGUUGGAGAAUGCUAGAAUCCCUACAGGUCCUGCAGCUAUGCGCAAGCAGAACAACGCAUCUCAACCACCAGCACAGGGAGGCGCCUUCGAUCAGAACAACUUCAUUCAAUCUAUGAACGCACUCGCCAGCCAACAGGGAGGCAUGCCAGGAAUGGGUGGCUUCAACCCAGCCAUGGGCAUGGGCUUCCCCGGUGGUAUGAUGGGCAUGCCGGGAAUGCCGAUGAACAUGAUGGGCAUGCCUAACCAGCUGAUGAUGAACGGAGGGUGGGGCGGCAUGAACUUCAUGAAUGGCAUGAAUGGUAUGAACGGCAUGAACGGCAUGGGCUUCCAACAACAGCAGCAACAGCAGCAACGGGGAGGAAACAUGUACGGAGGCGGCUACAUCAACAACAACCAAAUGAUGGGCCAAAACGGAGGAUACGCACAAGGCCAAGGCCAAGGUCAAGGUCAAGGCCAGCAGUGGCAAGGCAACCAGAACUGGAACAACGCAAACAACAACAACAACAACAACAACAACCAGCAACAAGGAGCCGAGGGCGAUGAUGGCGCCUACAUCCGCCGUCCCGUCAACCCGCAUCGUCAGCAAGCACGCAACCGCAGACAGCGAUCAGUCGACUACCGUGAGAUGUGA